CUGGUGAGUGAGUGCUCUCAGCUCUCAAUUUUGCCGAGAGCGCUCCAAAUAUCUACGUCACCAAAUGAAUCUGUAUUGUCAAUGAAGUGCCAGUAGUGGUUAGUUUUGCCCUUCAUGUGUAACAAUCUUCCUCUUGCAGGUUAUCCUCCAAGCGUUCUUAACGGCAGCUACGGCGGCGCUGCCCCAAAGCUACUCUCUGCCCCAACAGUCUGGCAGGCUAACUAGUGCUGGGUCACCGCUACUCUACAGGCUCGGGAAGACACAUGGUCUUGGACAGCCACAAGUCCGCGCACGGCAUGAUGUCCUGACUGAGCAUCACGAAGCCCCUGGGGGACAACAUGCCAGCGUGCAGCCUCAGGGGCACGCUUGGCCAUAUGACCUGCGACAGGAGCUCAGAGGCCGCACUGGGAGGCAAGGACUGGAGCCGAGUCAGAGCUCCGAGAGAAGAUCCGUCUUGACAAAGAUAUCACGGGGACAGAGAGAAUCUCAAGGCAACUUAAUGCCCCGUGGAUACCCGGAGCAAAAUCAACAUAAACAGAUACAUGGGAGACGAGCGGGGCUAUUACAAAUGACACAGCUGCACACUCCCACUGGAUCAAAUUACGCAACUCACCAUCUGGGGCAACCAGCGGCGCUGUACGACUCAGUUAUGUUCCCUGGACGCACGAGGCAAGGCGCCUCUACUUACUUCUCUGGGACACUCACGGAACAACAAGGAUUGACACAACCCCAAGAUGGAAAGCGGGAAAAUGUACCCAUUCGCGCUUUUGGAAGACCGGCAAAUCAGAAGGAAACAACACCUCCUGCAGGGCUGGAUGGCCACAGUCACACUUUCCUACGACCCAUGGAGCCCAGAAACCUGACUCAGGACCACCAAGGACCAAGAGUGACAUACUUUCCAGAGCAGCCAGACAAUCAUGACCUGCAGGACAUCAUACAACGACCUGCGACGGUCCCGAGAGUGCCAUCACACGGUCAAGGUCCCACCUAUCCUGUACUCAGCGGCAGCUGCCCCCAGGGGCAGGUGGUGCACGCUGACGGCUCCUGCGUGGUGCCCGAGGUGACCCGCGACUUGUACGUGUUCAGCAUCCCCGACAUGCCCCGCCGCCCAACCAGGCCGCCGCCCACCCUGCCGCCACCAAGGGUGCACGAGCACGUUCUGUUCAUCCGCGCGCCGGAGGGCGGACACACCGCGCAGCCCCUGCUGGUGCCACCACCCGCGCAGAAGAGCGUCGUCUACAUCCUCAGGGAAGACUCGCCUGACGAGGAGCCGCGCGUCAUCCAGGCGCCUGCACCGCCACCCGCACGCCCCGAAGUCUUCUUUGUCAACUACGAGGAAGGUGAGAACCCCGCCCUGCACGGUGGCCUCGACCUGCAGCAGGUCCUGCAGACCGUCACCUCGGCCCCGCCAGCCCUGCACGAUGCCGCUGUCCUCGAGCACGUGCAGGAGGCGCCGCAACAGCAGAUUCACUCCAAGCAGGAGCUCACGCCGGUGGUGACCUUGUCCUGGAAGACAACAGCGAAGAAGAUCUCACUUUGAGAGGAUACAGCGCCCAUGGUGCUACUCUGGGAAGCCAAAGCGACGAAGAUAUCACUCUGGCAGGAUACAGCUCCC